AUGUUUCCACCCGAACUCAUCGACACCAUCGUGGAUAAGGUAGAGGUAAUGGCUGACCUCAAGUCAUGCUGUCUGGCAGCCUCAGUCUUCCGCUACGCAUCCCAAUCGCGUCUACUCGCCAAUCUCUCGCUCGGCUUUGAACAUUAUACAGGCACUGGGAAGCGUUAUGACGAAGCAGUAGCCCGUUUUGAAGCGGCUCCGCAUUUAGCCUCGCUUGUUGUCAACCUCACCAUUUUUGUUUCCAAGUCGAGUGGGACCAGCGAGGUUAUUACCGCCACCCCAACGCAGCUCAAGUCGCUUUUCGCCGCCUUGACACGAGUUGGCUCAUGCACGAUGGCGAGUUUCAAUCAUAGAUGGGAAGAUAUACCUGAGAGGCUUUCUGUUGCUGUCGGCCACUGGAUUUCGCUCGUUCCAAGCGGCACAUUUCACCGCUUCCACAUUGAAGGCAUUAACAAUGUUCCACAACAGCUCAUUCACGAUAUUUUCAAGGCCAUAGCGCUGCAUUGUUCGCUCUCCUUCACGAUGACCUCCACAACCUCGCUUGCAUGCGUCAAAAUGCCUUCAUAUACUCCCCCACCAUUUCACCUCCGGCUCUGCUCCCGUUAUGCUGACCCUCACCUCCUAUUGACCGAACCAAGCUUCCUUCGAUAUGCACAAUGUGUUUCCCGGCUCACUGUGUCUGCAGCUCACUCCACGGAAAUUGAAACAGCUUUCCGCAUUUGUGACGCUGCAACCCGCCGUCUGGAGCACAUUCGACUGAUACUUUCUAAUGGAAUGAGGCCGCCCCAAAACGACGUCCAUAUCAAAACCCCACCAUGCCUCCCUUCCCUCAGACUGUUGGAGGUUAACUGGACUCGAACCGACAAGCAACUCAAAUUUGACCAUAAUUUCUCUUGGUUCCUCUCCGAGAUUCUGGCUCCGAUCCUACGCCCCGAAGUUACGCCAAACCUCGCUCAGGUCAACUUGGAGAUAGUACUAUAUCCAGCAGAGCUCGACCGAGCUUUCCCUGUGCUCAUCCAGGUCAAAAUGUUCCCCUCCCCAAUCGAUCUCGCGUUGCUUCGCCAGCUGGACGAUAUUCUUGCAGGACGGGAUGUCCUUCUCUGUUUCGUUUUUAGCACCAACUGUGUGGAGGGGGUUGCAAGAGAUGUUGGAGACCUUCUCGAGGCGCUGAAGGACAAACUACCCAAUCACGCUCGUAGGAAUUUACUCUCUGUUGUUGCUCAGUCGUUGUGUGAGAGUAGCUCUGCGUUGCUAACUCUCAAUAUGCUGAAAAAGCUUCAGGCCUCGAGGACUGAAUAA